UUUGGCUUUUUUUUAUUUAUUUUUUGUUGUUAUCGUACCAGACAUCCCCAAUUCACCCACCUUUCUCUUGCAAUGUGUCUUGUGUGGGUUGCAGUUUGCACGUAAUUACGUAUAUGUAACCAUUUCGUCGCAAUCUCUGGGUCAAAGGGCCCGAUUUCGAUUUGGGUACUGCGCCGGAAACCUCUGUUUUUGAUUUAUACGAAGGUCAUGAUGGGGAAGAAAAUUAUAGCGAUUUGUCAAUCAGGGGGAGAAUUUGAGACAGAUAGAGACGGUUCCUUGUCAUAUAGGGCUGGAGAUGCUCAUGCCAUAGACAUUGAUGACCAAAUGAAGUUUAGCGAGUUUAAGAUAGAAGUGGCAGAAAUGUUUAAUUGUAGCAUUGAUGCCAUGUCUAUCAAAUACUUCCUUCCAGGCAACAAAAAGACUCUCAUAACAAUUUCCAAUGACAAGGAUCUAAAGCGCAUGAUAAAAUUUCAUGGGGACUCUGUCACUGCAGAUGUUUAUGUCAUUAUGGAAGAUUUUGUUGCCCCCGAUGUGUCAAACUUGCCUGCUAGUAGGUCAAGCAGAACAACCUUGUCAGAAACUGUUCUUGCUGUUGAUGCCCCUCUUGCUGUUGUUGAUGAUAUUGUAGACGAUACCACCCAGCCCGAAAUCCCACUCGAUGCCCCUCUUGAUGUUGUAGAUGAUACCAACCAUGUUGACACUCAUAUUGAUAUGCCCGCUGAAAUUUCUCCCAUUUUCUCUAUCGUGGGUUCCAAUGAGGAGAAACAUGCUAAAGGUGCACAGCAGUGGCAGAAUACUAUUACAGGUGUCGGGCAAAGGUUCAGCAGUGUUCAUGAAUUUCGUGAAUCACUGCGUAAAUAUGCCAUUGCGCAUCAGUUUGCAUUCAGGUACAAGAAGAAUGAUAGCCAUCGUGUGACUGUCAAAUGCAAAGCAGAAGGCUGCCCUUGGAGAAUACAUGCAUCAAGGUUGUCAACCACUCAGUUAAUAUGCAUUAAAAAGAUGAAUGCAAUGCAUACAUGUGAAGGUGCUGUUGCGACAACGGGGCAUCAAGCAACUAGGAGUUGGGUGGCUAGUAUUAUCAAGGAGAAGUUGAAAGUUUUCCCAAAUUAUAAGCCCAAAGACAUUGUCAAUGACAUCAAACAGGAAUAUGGAAUACAAUUGAACUAUUUUCAGGCAUGGCGGGGGAAAGAAAUAGCAAAGGAGCAGCUUCAGGGUUCAUACAAAGAAGCAUAUAAUCAGUUACCAUUUUUCUGUGAGAAGAUAAUGGAGACUAAUCCAGGAAGUCUUGCUAAUUUCACCACUAAGGAAGAUUCAAGUUUCCAUCGUCUCUUUGUCUCAUUCCAUGCCUCAUUAUAUGGUUUUCAACAAGGUUGCCGGCCUCUCCUCUUCCUCGAUAGUAUACCAUUAAAGUCAAAAUAUCAAGGAAUGUUGUUAGCUGCUACAGCUGCAGAUGGGAAUGAUGGUGUUUUUCCUGUUGCUUUCGCUGUAGUUGAUGCAGAGUCUGAUGAUAACUGGCACUGGUUCUUGCUACAACUGAGAUCUGCCCUCUCAGCAUCUCAUCCAAUAACAUUUGUCGCAGACAGACAGAAGGGUUUGAGGGAGUCCAUUGCUAGUAUAUUUACAGGUUCAUACCAUGGCUACUGCCUACGGUACUUGACGGAGCAACUUAUUAGAGACUUGAAAGGGCAGUUUUCUCACGAGGUGAAGCGACUCAUGGUUGAGGAUUUUUAUGCUGCUGCUUAUGCGCCUACUCUCGAAAGCUUCCAAAGAUGUAUUGAAAGCAUUAAAAGUAUCUCUCUAGAGGCAUACAAUUGGAUUAUACAAAGUGAGCCCCAGAACUGGGCAAAUUCAUAUUUUCAGGGUGCCAGAUAUAAUCAUAUGACAUCAAAUUUUGGGGAGCUGUUCUACAGUUGGGCAUCAGAUGCACAUGAACUACCAAUAACACAGAUGGUUGAUGUGAUAAGGAAGAAAAUUAUGGAGUUGAUCUACACACGACGAGCAGAUUCCAACCAGUGGUUGACAAGAUUAACUCCAUCCGUAGAAGAAAAACUGAAAAAAGAAAGCCAUAAAGUCCAUUCUCUUCAAGUGCUUCUGCCAGCUGGUAGUACAUUUGAGGUUCGUGGUGACUCCAUUGAAGUGGUUGAUAUUGACAAUUGGCAUUGUAGUUGCAAGGGGUGGCAGCUAACUGGUUUACCUUGCUGCCAUACUAUAGCAGUUAUUGGUUGCAUCGGCCGUAGCGCCUUUGAUUAUUGUUCCAGAUACUUCACGAUUGAGAGCUACCGAUUAACUUAUUCAGAAUCUGUACAUUCUAUUCCAAAUGUGGACAUGCCUGUACAGAGAGAUUCUUCUCAACUCACAGUAACUGUAACCCCUCCUCCCACCCGUCGUCCACCGGGCCGGCCCACUACAAAGCGGCAUGGACCACAAGAGGUAGUGAAACGUCAACUCCAGUGCAGCAAGUGCAAGGGCCUUGGGCACAACAAGUCUACUUGCAAAGAGUUCAUUUAGAGUGUUAGAUAUUGGUUGCACUGAAAUUCCAUGGGCAUCAGAUUCUUGUACAUCUGACGACUCUAGUGGAGGGACUGAAAGAUAAACCUGUACUUUUUCUUUAAAUAACCAAGCCGCGGAUCUGAUUUCUGUAACGGUAGUUUCUCUUGUUUAUUCAUCUGUUUUGCUAACUUUAAUCUUUGUUAGUUUAAAUGACAUUUAGUAACCAUGAAAUAAUAAUAUGAAAAGAAUGUCUUAGGGUUGUUUGAAAGGUUCGAUGAAGUCGGAGUCACCUUGCUGAUGUAAGCAUCCAAGUAUUUUGGUUAUAUGGAAAAUAAGUUUUAAGGGCAACACAAAUAUGAGUUUGCUGUACAGUCAAAAUACGGUUUGCUGAGUAUUACGAGCCAGAAGUUAGUACGCGGGCAUGAUAUUGAUGUGGUGUUCUUGCUGCCCACAGUGAAAUGAGCAUUGCGAUGGUGCAGCUGGAUUUGAAGUCCUUCAUGUUUCUUGUGGGUAGAGAAGGUAUUAAAAAGCCAAAAGGACAAUAAAGAUUAGAACAUGUGAUUCUCAUAUUGGAAACGUGGAAUAAGCGCUAAAGUUCUGGCUCUAAGGCUUGCUGGUGGGCAUACCCAGUGUUACAAAACUGGUUGCAGGGUUGGGCCACAUGGUAUCUGCCAUCUGGACCUUGCUUGUAGACAACAUAAUAGGCAUUCCUCUUGUAGUAGGAGGGUAGGAGGGUGGCUUCACCCUCUCUGAUUGCCUGGAGGACAGACGUGACCAGAACCAAUUACAGAUUGAAUUCAACAUCAAAUUGUUUAUGCAGAAUUCAUGCACACCACAAUCAGCGUGAUUUGCGCACCACAAUCUGCGUAAUCUGUGCAUGAACCCGUCCUUUUGUGUAUUAUCUAGCUCCAUGUUCCAGGAUGCUACCAUUAUUGCCCAAAAAUGAAAACACAUCCCUGAGUUCAACGGGGCAAAGGAUGAGGUCGAGGAAUUGCUUUCAUCGUCAAGGUUGUAGAGAAGGUGAUGAGAGAUUUGUAGUUUCUGGGUGUCGGUAAUUAAAAGUUUUGGUCUGAAGGUUUCCAGGAGUAUUGAUGAAUCGGCACUAUUGCUUUAUUAUGGUUUUCGAGUCAUCUAUUCUUCACUGGAAAAGAAGCACAACCUGCUUCACGUCGCUUCUAAUCUGUCUUGAACUUCUACACAGCGCAAAGAAACUCUUGAGAAGAAAGUUCUAUCUUA